AUGAAAUCCGGUGGUGGUCAUGGUUAUAAAUCUGGUGGUGGUCAUGGUGCUAGAUCUGGCGGUGGUGGUAGAUAUGGCGGUGGUGGUAGAUCUGGCGGCGGUCCGAGACCAACCAGAGAUAUUGCUUCGUCGUCUCAGUCCUCUAACCCUUCCUCCAACAACGAGACUUCAUCACACUCCCAACAUUCUCAAUACUCGCUUCCAUCUCAGUAUACGCCGGCAACGAUACCCCAAUAUUCUCGACAACCUUCUCCUCAGCCACAACACCGAGGCUUUCAACAACAGCUCCACUCCCAGAUGCAGCAGCCACAACCACGACAUCCACAUGGUCCGGUGUCUCAACAGCCGGCUCCUAAGAAUCCGGGAUACCAACCGACGCUUCACAAUCUUGGAUAUCAACCGCUGCUUCAAAAUCUGCCCUAUUAA